UAUUCUCUCUCACCUCUCUAUCUUCCUUUAUCACUAUAUUUAGUUAUGUUUUCCUUGUUUGGAAUCAAAAGGAAUUUAUAGGAAAAUUGAAAAUUAAAAAUACCCAAAUCCUAAAAAGUCAUAUCUAUUUUCUUCUGCUAUCAUCAAUCUAUAUUAAUCGCUUUCCCUAUAUUUUGAUUUUCCUCUUUCUAUUUAUACAACAACCCCAUUAUAAUUCUGAUGGUACAAAUAACAACAACAACACCAGGAAGAAGAGAAUUUACAGAUACAGAAAGGAAAUUAGAAGAUAGAGGAAGAAAAAUGGGUAGAGGGAAAAUAGAGAUCAAGAGGAUUGAGAAUGCUACUAGUCGUCAAGUUACAUUUUCAAAAAGGAGAGCAGGAUUAUUGAAAAAGGCUCAGGAAUUAUCUGUUCUAUGUGAUGCUGAAGUUGCCCUUAUUAUCUUUUCAAGCACCGGAAAACUCUUUGAAUUUUCUAGUUCUGGCAUGAAAAGAACACUUUCAAGAUACAAUAAGUGCCAAGAUACUUCCGAAACAACCUCGCUGGUCGAGUAUGACCCAGAGCCAAUUGCUAUGCAGAGGCAACAAUCUAAGGAGAUAAGCAUCCUGAAAGAUGAAAUUUCAAAACUUCGGAUGACACAUCUAAGGAUGCUGGGUAAGGAAUUGAUGGGUCUGGGUCUGAAAGAACUGCAGCACCUUGAAGAUCAAUUGAACGAAGGGAUGUUAUUGGUUAAGGCUAGGAAGGAUAACCUGCUGUAUGAUGAGCUUGAUCAGUCCAGACUACAGGAAGAAAGAGCUGUGAUGGAAAACAGAAUUUUGCGCAAACAGGUGGAGGAACUUCAAGCAUUGGUUCCGUCAACUGAACGCACAAGGCCGCCGUAUCUUGAAUUCCAUUCAAUGGAUAGGAAACCUUCUUCACACACUAAGCAUGGCUUAUUAAGUCCAAAGGGUGUUUGCCAUUGCUCAUCGAAGAAACGCUCAUCCGAGAGACAUGAUGAUUCAGAUACUUCCUUGCACUUGGGGUUGGCACCAGAUGGAUAUUACAAAAAGAAAGCAGCAGAGAGAGCAUCCGCAGAGAGAGUGUCUGCGGAGAGAGCAUCGUCUUCUUCGAAUGAUUCAGAUACUCCUAUGGCUCUAAGUUGAUGGAUACUUUCUUCCAGGAGUCCCUUUUUCCUGCCAAACCAUAUCCAGAUUCCAGACAGUUCAGUUUUGUUGUUGUUUGUUGUUGUUAUUGUUGUUGUCUUACAUUUCGACUGUUACAAGCUAAACAAUAGUGGACGUUCAAAAACCGGAUAUAUUCCGGCAUGAACCAGCUUUAUCUAAAGCAAGUAUAGUGUUUACUUAAACCGAACUUCAGCUCUCGAAACAUGGCGAAAGUCUAUGUUUUGCAGAGUUAUUGAAUCAAUGAAAUGUUAUAGAUUUCAGUUAUCUCAA